AUGGCUCUUAAGUAUAAAUUGGGGACUGAAGUAGAAAUAAAGUCACCUCCAGAGAAGUACUACAACAUCUUUAAGGGCCAAGCAUUCCAUGUUCCCAACGCCGUUCCUGACCAUAUACAAGGAGUUGACGUUCAUGAAGGUGAUUGGGAGACACAUGGCUCUGUCAAGAUCUGGAAAUAUACAAUGGAGGGAAAAUCCGACCUAGUUUUCAAAGAGAAGGUUGAAUAUGAUGACGAAAAUAGGUCAGCAACCCUUAUUGCUAUUGAUGGAGAUGUGAUGCAGGAAUACAAGUCCUUUAAGGGCACCUAUCAGGUUGUUCCCAAGGGUACUGGCAGCUUGGCCAAAUUGACUAUCGAAUAUGAGAAACUCAGUGACGAUGUGCCCGCUCCAGAUAAGUAUAUCACUCUGAUGGUUAAUGUCACCAAAGGUAUUGAUGAGCUCAUUGCUAAGGCAAAAUAG